GGAACAAAGAAGAAAUCAUUAUAAGUGCGACACACUCCAAGCAUCAAAAUGACAUCCUUUACUCAUCAUUCACUCCUACAUAGAGGACACGGGACGUAAGCAAUCUGGCAAAAGAAAUAGCCCUGUUUGACGAGUGUACAAACCUAGAUGUAGUAAACCGGACUGACCCCAUAGGAGCAGAAGCUGACUUUCUCAGCUUCCGAGUAGAAGACGCAGCAUCUUGUCCAACUGCGCAUGCACAAGCCACACCUAGCCACUCUGCUGCCUCCCAACAGGUAGUAGUUUCACAAAUAGGGGAUCUUAUACCCACCUCUCUGCCCUCUUACGGAGCAGUUGAGGACAUAUAUAGUGGUCUAUCACCCUGGGCCACUACCCCUUCUUCAAUCACAUUGAGUCUAGGUGUCACACUCCCUACAUUUUCAACUUUUCUAGGACAUACACUCCUCACACAACCACAUCUACAGGUCCACUUUACCUGUCAUCAACGAUCGGAGAUAAGUCGAUGAUGAUCGGAAGUCCUGCUGCUCAACAGAUAACUCAAUCAUUAAUUGCAGGCCACACAUCGGUAAUUUUUACUGAUGUUGUGACAACGGUUACUACCCCUGUAACCGGAAACCCUGACCCUACCGACCUUUUAGUCAUUUUGCAGCGUUUCAUGGAUUCCACCAUUAAGCCAUGGGUGCACGAAGCAAUAACCGCUCGGGCACAGGAAUUCACGAACACCCCGACGCUGUUUAACGACAUCAUCCAACCUCAACCAUCAUCCUCACACUCUAAACAACAACAACUUACCCCUUUCCUUACACGUCAAAAUUCUGAACCCUCCACCACACAACCUACCACUCCUACCACCUCAAGGGGAACCCAGGAUACAAAACUAGUGUCCUCCCCUAUAUCGACCACACCCUACCCUAAUCCAUGCACUAUGGUUUUCGAGGAACUCCAAUCUAUUAUGCUAGCAAGAAACCGACAGCACAUGCAAUGACAGUCUCCGCGGUCACAAACGUUCGCAUGAGGACCCAAAUGAUUCGGAUCCUCAUGAGGGGGAGAACAAGAGACAGCGGACACUUGAGCAUGUUGCGUCAACUAGCCAACAACCACAACCUGAAUCCUCUAACAACCAACAACCCCAAUCAUCUAGCCAACCCAAAAGCCAUACCACUCAGGAGGUUGAGCUGCGCGAAAUACGGAUAAAUGCAAGGUUUCUCUCAACGAUGCACAUUUUUUUUAAGGGGGGUUCUAUUUUCUCCUCCCGGUGACGAACAAUGACAAAGCAUACCGAGUUCUCCAGUUGAGGGGGAGCACAGAGAGAAAAUAAACAAGAUCAAUGAGAGAUAAGUCCCAAUGGCUUAGUAAACCCAACUAAGCCUACCCAAGGGACAAAGCUGAAAGUGAGUGAAUGAGUGAAUAUUAUGAGAGUGAGGAAGCAGAAGGCUCCGAUGAGCAAGAAGAUAAUAAUCAAUGACAAAUCUGCUACCUCAAAUGAGCUAUCAAUCGUGGAAUCAAUCCCAGUCACUCAAAUACUCCGGACAAUCCCCAUAGGUUCAGGACUGAAUUUAUUCAGAUCCCGGGUAGAAGUCGCUGCAUUUUGUCCAAACAGCGCGUGCACAACCCUACCCUAGACCACUCACCUGUCUCCCAACAGACAGGUGUUUAAUCACUGUUCACGGGGAACCUCAUCUCUUAUCACCGUCUCCUUAUGAGGCGACUGAUACUGACUACAGUGGCCCUCAGCCCCAUGCCACUGAACUUUCAUUGAUCACGUUGUGUCUAGUUAUCUCACUCCUAAAUGUUUUGAAUUUUCUAGGACACAGACACAUUUUUAGAGUCAGUUGCAGGUCCAAGUGACCAUGUGAGAACUUCCAUAGGCUCAUCUUCUAUAGAUGCAGACCGAUGAUUGGAUGGAAGUCCUGAUGUUGCAACAUAGAAAUCACCAACAUUUUCAUGCCAUCAUUUAGAGUUCAUCUCUAUAGUGAUGAUAACGGGUGUCUACAUGAUCCCGGGGGGCUACAAUUAUCCAUGCUGAUCCUAGUGAUCAUGCCAUAACAACCAGAGUGACAUCUACUUCAGAUGUUUCACAAUGAUUGGUUGGAAAUCCUGUUAGAGCUACAACGUUUCUAUCAUUAUAUACAGGCCACACAUCAGUGUUUACAUUGAUGUUGUGUUAACGGAACACCACAGUGUCUCCGAUCCUUAUCCUUUCAUUUUUUCAUUUUCCAUUUUUUUCAGAUGAAUAAAAGAAUAAAGGCAUGACAUCCCGAUUCAUGGAAUCGUCAUGAGGGGGAGAGUGGUCCACAUGUUGUUUACACUAAAAAAUCAUUCCCGGACACUUCUCUCCUCCGCUAAAAAAAAAUGAUGACGGCUCUCCACUCUUUCAAAUUCAUCAACUGCCAAGUCGGCUUCAGAUAUGCUCACAAGUCAACCAUCAUUUUCCACUGUGCUACCGACAAUUGUUUCUCAAAAGCAUUCACGACUGAAUAGUCAGAAAAGGCUACAUUCUGGAGGAUACAGAGGCCGGAUGAUCAAAUAUUGAAGAUGAAUUCCUUGUGCGCCUAGAUCUCUUUAGAUCAAUCAUUCUAAAGGCGCCAUCGGAUUCAUUCAAGCUGAUCAAGAGAAACUUCUGAAAGGCAAGGAUUAAAAGCAAGAUUUUGAAGAAUCCCUCAACUCCCGGCAUCAAAGAACAAAUUGAAUAAAUAACACCAAGGGGGAGAUUGUAAGGAUUUCUUCAUGAAGCCUUUCGAAGAAGAUAAAAGAAGUUGAGGCCAAAGAAAGAAGAAAUUGAAAGAAUUUGACCGAAUGAAGGCGGUGCUAAACGCAAUCAACGCUCGACUCGAAAAGAGGAGAAUGCUGCGCCAAUAUGAACAUGCUCUAGCACUGCAAAGCAACUACUUCAAGAGGCAGAAGGAUCCACAAGAGCCGACAAAGAACAUCUGAUCACAAAGGGGGAGAUUGUUAGAGAUAUUUUCAUGUAUUGUGAUCAAUGUUUUAUCUAGCCUCUUGGUAGUAUUUAUUGUGUAUUUAAUAGGCCUUAAAUGUAAAAGGCUACUAAGCUAAUUUAGGAAUGGGCCUCCUAAAAAGGAGAGCCCAUAUCAUUGUAAAACCUACCAUUCUAAGGAGGCUAUAAAUAGACCCCUUAGGAAUGGCUAGGUUAAGCUUUCCUCCCUUAGAAAAAUUCCCUGCGCAUAGAAUAGAGCCUACGGAAGUUUUACGCUACAUGUUCUUCAUCUUUAUGUAAACUUUCUGGCUAUCAAUGGAAAGCUUCUUCUACUCCUAUUAAUCAGAUCUUAUACAUUAUAGAGUAGAAAUAGGGACCAACACUAACUAUUUGUGUUUUUUACUAAUGAUGAUGAUUAUUGUGUUAAUAAUUAUUAUACAUAUAUGAAUAUAUGAUCCAUAUAAGAUUUGAUAAUGAACGGUUAAGAAAAGUAAAUUUUAAUAUUUAAGAGAAUGAAAAAGCAUAUUCGAAAUCAUUUUACAUCCCUGCUUCUUCUAAAAGAUGUUCAUAGAAAUCUAAACCAUUAAAUAUUAAAAUCAUAUGCAAAGCAACUAAGCAAGAUUUUUAAAAAACAAACAAUUUGAUAAAAAAAAAAUUGGAGUGGCAUAUUAUAUAGUCCGUCUGAAAAUUGUGGCUUCUGUUUUCCAAAAUAGAUUUUGAGAUUUGCGGUAUUUGUGCACAACCUCAAAAUAAAAUAUGGCAACAACAUUGAGUUGACAAAGAUAACAUUCAAAAUUAAAAAAUCAGCCAAGGAAUAACCAACAUUUCGGCUCUUAUCUCUUCAAACAAUAUGCACCUUCACUCCAUUAAUGGAUGAUGCCGACACAAGAAGCUUGAAAAUUUGUGAAAGCGUUUGCAUAGAAAUGUUCUGGGAUCACCCUAUGUCUUGAUCGGUGGAGCUCAAUCUCAGUAAAUAGCCUCCAGGCCAGAAUAACAAGCUAGAAAUAAACCGAGAAAUAAACCUAAUCAUAAAACAUAGAUCGAGAAAUAAACCGACGAAUUUUGAGGCAACUACGUGACAAGAGCGCGACAGAGAGAAGGAGGAGAGGCAACUACGGAGUAUCCAUUUUCGAAUGGGUUAUAAUGGUUGGGAAAAUGGUAAUGG